CUCCGCCUCGGUUGCUCUGCGGGACUGGAUGGGAUUGGGGCGGGAGGUAGGAGGUGGCUCGAUGUUAUUCCUUCGGAGGUGGUAACUGCGAAAGCCGUCAAGCUGGCGGCGGCUGGGGGAGAUGCCAUGGGGCGAGGGAAGCCCGGCCCGGUGCAGAUUGUCCUGGUGCACAAGGAAGAGCACUCCUUCGAGCUGGACGAGAAGGCGCUGAGCCAAGUCCUCCUGCAGGAUGCCAUCCGGGACCUGGACGUGGUGGUGGUGUCGGUGGCCGGGGCCUUCCGCAAGGGCAAAUCCUUCCUCCUGGAUUUCCUGCUGCGCUACAUGUACACACAGAAAGAAGGGGGCAGCUCCCAUUGGCUGGGAGAAAAUGAUGAGCCGCUGACGGGCUUCUCCUGGCGUGGUGGCUCUGACCCCGAAACCACUGGCAUUCAGAUCUGGAGCGAGGUGUUCAUUGUGGAGAAACCAAGCGGGAACAAGGUGGCAGUUGUGCUGAUGGACACCCAAGGAGCCUUCGACAGCCAGUCAACCGUCAAGGACUGCGCCACCAUCUUUGCUCUCAGCACCAUGACCAGUUCUGUUCAGAUCUAUAACUUGUCCCAGAACAUCCAGGAAGAUGAUCUACAGCAGCUGCAGCUUUUUACAGAGUAUGGCCGCCUGGCCAUGGAUGAGAUCUUCCUCAAACCAUUCCAGACUCUGAUGUUCCUGGUCCGAGACUGGAGUUUCCCGUAUGAGUAUUCUUACGGCCUGGAUGGCGGCAGGCGGUUCCUGGAAAAGCGGCUGGAGGUGAAAUCCCACCAGCACGAGGAGAUCCAGAACGUUCGGAAGCAUAUCCACUCAUGCUUCACCAACGUCAACUGCUUCCUCUUGCCGCACCCUGGUCUCAAGGUGGCCACCAGCCCAAACUUUGAUGGCCGUCUGAAAGACAUUGCAGAUGAAUUCAGUGAUCAGCUGCUGGACUUGAUCCCGUUUGUGCUGGAUUCUCGCCAGCUUUUGGAAAAGGAGAUCAACGGUUCCAAAGUCACCUGCCGGGGUUUGCUGGAGUACUUCAAGGCUUAUAUCAAGAUCUACCAGGGAGAAGAUCUGCCUCACCCCAAGUCCAUGUUGCAGGCCACCGCUGAAGCCAAUAACUUGGCUGCCGUUGCUUCGGCCAAGGACAUGUAUUACACCAACAUGGAAAAGCUAUGCGGUGGGGACAAGCCAUACGUCUCUCCGGACGUGCUGGAGGAGAAGCAUCGCGUGCAGAGCGCACUGGCCCUGCAGCACUUCCAGCGCAUAAAGAAGAUGGGCGGCAAGGAGUUCAGCCAGCGCUACGAGGAGGAGCUGGUCCGGGACCUGGCUGAGCUCUUCGGGGACUUGGCCAAGCACAACCAGAGCAAGAACAUCUUCAACACCUUCCGGACGCCAGCCGUCAUCUUCAGCGGCAUCGUCUCCCUCUACCUAAGCUCUGGCGUCACUGGCUACGUCGGCCUGGAUGUCGUCUCGCAGCUCUGCAACUUCGUCGUGGGGCUUCUGCUCAUCUCCCUCCUGGCGUGGGGCUACAUCCGUUACUCGGGCCACUACCGCGAAGUGGGCGUCAUCAUUGACACCACAGCCGAUUUCCUGCUGGAAACGGUGGGUGCCGGGCACCAGGAGGCGAUGUCUCGUAUGAAUAGUUCCACUCAGCUAGCAGAAGCCAGUACGUCGUCCGGGACGAGCACCAACGACAAGAAGUCCCAAUAA